AUGGCUCAUAAAGUAAAAAAAGAAAAAAAAACUGAGGCCCAAGAAACACCAGUUGUUGCUAAAGAGCAAACGCAUGCAAAAGAAGAGAACAAUGAAAGUAAUAUUGCCGUUACAGAAGAAAAUGUCAUUUCAAAAAAUGGCCAAGAAAUAGCCAUUUCAAAAAAUGACCAAGAAAUAGCCAUUUCAAAAAAUGACCAAGAAAUUGCCAUUUCAAAUAAUGACCAAGAAAUUGCUAUUUCAAAAAAUGACCAAGAAAAUGUUGCUUUGAACAGUUCAGAAGAAAGACAGAAUGCAUCUAAGGAAGAAGACAAUGAACUAAAGCAAAUUAAAGAGUUUCAUGAUAUAAGUAAUGAGAAUGAACAUAACGAAAAUAGAAGCUUCUCAACAUCCACUCUUUCCAGUUUUUUCAAAGAAUAUGAGGAAAAUUCUGUGGAACAACAUUUUUUUUCGGAGGGCACUCAUACAGAACAUUCCAUGGAAGAUUCAAAUAAUGUAGAGACUAUAGAGAAUGCAAUUACAAAUGAUGUUUUAAGGUCUAACAGAAGUACAAGUUAUUCUAAACAGAAAAACGAAUUAACAUCUGUAACUUGUUAUGUAUGUGGAGAAACUGUAGACUUAAAUAUCUGGAGUGAUCAUAUAUUUGCUCAUAAGUUGGAUAGUAAAACUACGCGUGAAAACUAUUUUUCUAAUGAAAAAGGAAAUAACGCAAAUGUUGAUUGCUGUAAAAAAGAAGAUAAUUUGAAUUGUGAUGUUGAUAGAUAUGAUGAAAAAAAAGAAAACAUAAAUAUCACGAAUUCUUCUUUAUCUAGUUCUUCUAAUGGUGCAUAUGAUAGUUUGAAUGAAUUAUAUAGAAAUAUUAAUGAUGAAAGGCAAAAGAACAAGAUCGCACAGAAGCCUAAGGAGGACGAUAACAACACGAAUUUGAACAUUAGUAACACUACUAAUGAUGAUAACACAAAAGGUACUAAUACUUAUGAUAACGUCCGUAAUAAUUUAGAAAGGGAAAACAUAGAACAAGGGGAAAUGUUUUAUAACGGCAAUUCUAAAAUUGAUACAUGCGGAUACAAUACUUCUCUAAGUAAUGGAAAUGAAACUACAAAAAUAAAGGAAUCUAGUAAUGUUAAUGAGAAGAGAAAUUCUGAAGAAAUUAAUUUACCAGGUACUGAAAAUUCCAAGGAAGACAUGGAAAUUAGUAGAUCAACAAACAAUGAAGCAAAUAAUAAUGAACAUGAUAAUAAAGAAAAAGAAGAAAAAAGGGUGAAUGAAAAAAAAGAAGAAAUAACACAACGAUCAAGAUAUUGUAUGGAUGAUAAUUCACCUAUUAAUUAUUUCGGAAUAGCAUUUAACAAUAGGAAGGAAUUUACCAUAAGAGAUUAUAUGCCAUCCAAUUUACAUGACAGAAACACAUCAAGGAUAUACGGAAGAGGCAUAAGAACAAAUAGUUCUUCAUAUUAUAACAUACUUGAGAAUUUUUAUAAACGUAGAUUACAACGUUUACAAAACGCUAGAAAUCGUAUGUAUAUUGAUUAUGAUAAGAUUAUACGUGAAAUAUAUGAAAGAUAUAGAAGAACAGGUGAAUUUAUAUAUAGACCUACCAACACAAAUGGAAACUAUUAUAGAGAUAGGGCUAAUGCGAAUAUGGGAAAUAAUAAUAUGAAUGCUGGAAUAUUAAAUAAUAUAAAGAAUCAUUUGUUUAAUGCAAAUAGAAAGAACAACAUGGUUUUAGAACAAAAACUAUAUGAUAAUAAAAGUACUGAGAGUUUUAAAAAUAUGAAUCGUCAUGAGGUACAAAGCAUUAAUAAUAAGAACACUAACAUGAUUAGCAGUAAUUCAAAUAGUAACAUCUCUAAGGAUAAGAACAAUAAUGUUACUAAUAGUCAUAGUGAUGACAAGAAUAAUAAACGCAAUAACGAUAAGGUAAAUAUUUUUAAUGGGAAAAGUAUACCUGGUACAAAAUUAAACCCUUGCAAUAAUGAAAUUAAUUCUGUAAAUAAUGUAAUGAGAAUAAAACCAGAAGAAUAUAAUAAUAGGAAUACAGAAUUUAAAUCUUUUAAGACACCAACAAAUAUUAAUGUUCCAAUAGCACCACAUGUUUCUUUAAUGAAAAGGGAUAACUUACGAGCUUUACAUUUGAAUGCUGACCAGAGUAUCAAUAAGUUAUCGAAAAAUGAACAAACCACUCAAACAGAUAUAAAUAGAAACACUUCACGUAUGGAUAAUCGCCUUGAAAUAUUAACAAAUACAAAUAAUAAUAACAAUAAUAAUAACAAUAAUAAUAAUAAUAAUAGUAUAAAUAAUAGUAGCAAAAAUGAAGUUUCCCAGAAGAAUGGCAAGGAUAAUGAAAAUAAAAAUGAAAAUGAAAAUGAGGAUAAAAAUAAAAAUGAAGAUGAGGAUAAAAAUAAAAAUGAUGAUCAUAAUAAUAAGAAGGAGGAUGACAAUGAUGAUAACAAUAAUAACAGCAGCAACAACAAUAAUAACAGCAACAACAGCAGCAACAACAACAGCAACAACAACAGCAACAACAACAGCAACAAUAAUAACAGCAACAAUAGCAAUAACAAUAAUAAUAAUACGAACAGAAACAUGAGUAGUAAUAAUAAUAGAAAUAACAAUAACACUAACGAAUCUUCUGGUAAUAAUAUAUUAGUGGGUAGAAAUAAUAUAAGAAAUCCCAAUAAUGAUGUAAUUUAUUCUUUAAUUCACGAUAUGUAUCGUGACAAGGGUCCAAUACAAAUUAUUGGACACGCUCCAUAUUGUGAUGAUCAAUAUAUUGUAACGAACCCACUUCAAACAAGAAUGAGAAAUGUUAAUGUAGGUCAAAAUUCAAAUGCUUAUGAUAAUAAUAGAUAUAGAACUCCUAAUGGACAAAAUUAUUCCGGUGGAAAUAACAAUAUAAUUACUACUAGUAGUAGUAAUAAUAGAGAUGGUAAUGCCAACAGAGAUGGUAAUGCUAAUAGAGAUGGUAAUUCUAACAGAGAUGGUAAUGUCAACAGAGAUAGUGAUACUAAUAGAGAUAGUGAUACUAAUAGAGAUAGUGAUACUUAUAGAGAUAGUGAUACUAAUGGAGAUAGCGAUACUUAUGGAGAUAUGAAUACUAAGGUUAUUAUAAAUUCUACUGAUAAUGCUAUGCCUGGAGUUGUUACACAUCGAGUUAUAAGAGAUGGAAAUCAAGACACGAUUGUUAUUAAUGUACCAUCUACUUCAAGAUGUUAUUUUGCCUUAUCACUACAAUCAUACCGUCAUGAUAACCCUGAAAAUUCAACACAAGGAAAUGUUAAUUCAAAUCAAAAUAACGAUGUGAAUAAUUCCUUGUCCCUUUUUAGAGAAGGACAUAAUUUUUCAUGUGUUAAUUAUGAUAGGGAAAAAUCAGAACAUUCUAAUUUAAAAAAAUGUUGUAUUUGUUGUGAAAAUUAUCAACAUAAUGAUAAUGUGAUAUUUUUACCAUGUACACAUAAUUUUCAUAAGCAAUGUAUUCUUAAAUGGAUAAGUAAAAAUACCACAUGUCCACUUUGUAAAAUAGAUCUUCGAAAUAGUUAUAAGAAGUAA